GGGCGAGCGUUAGGAGUGCCCUUGUGGGUGCAACAAGGCAUGAAGUCUAUGGUUGUGGAAGGGAUUUUGAAAACAAAAAACCAGUGGUUCUCGGGUGGGGCGACCCAAAGUGAAUGAAUAAAAGUUAGGUGCUGUAAUAUGUGAUUGUGUUUGGAGGAAAAUCGCAACAUGCUGCUCCAGAUUGCUGUUGGGUUUCUGUAUGUGGCAGGGGUUAGGGCUCAAUUUGACACCUCUAUCCAUCGCCAAUACAUCAAUUGCUUCAAAUUUGAAAACACUGACGACCCGGAUUUUCAAAUCGAAAUCACCAACUUGACCUCCGUGGGAUCGAUUGAAAGUUGCGUCUUGGCCUGUCAAAACCAGUUUUCCAUGUACGCUGGUUUACAUGAUGGAGGACGUUGCUUCUGUGGAUCCUCCUAUGGACGAUUUGGUCCUGGAGAUUGCAAAUCACGUUGCACUCAGACCCCGUCUGAUAUCUGUGGAGGUGAAUCAGCCAUCAGUGUUUACAGCACGGAUGUUAAAGUACCGGGUCCACCAGGAUCCUUGGAGCUGGUCGAGACCGAAAUGACCAGCUUAGGUAUUCGUUGGGAGCCUGCCAAGACUCCUGAAGAUUUCGUCACCGAUUACCACGUAUUCGUGGAAAUGUUACGAUCAUUUGAUCACAAGAACCAGAAAUUUACAUCAAAGCAUCUACAACUGUCGAAAACUGCGACAGGAACUCGAAUUGUGGGAUUAAGACCAGCUGCUUUGUAUAACGUUUCCGUUUCCGCAGCGUCUGAACAUGGAUUAGGCCCAGUCAUUUCUGAAUCAUUUUGGACUGAGAUUGCAGCUCCAGACAAGCCAAAUACCCCAGAGCUAGUAAGCCAUCAUGGCCAGGAACACGAGGUCGAGGACGAUAACGAGAUCCAUAUCCGAUUCCAAGCACUUACGAAUAACGUGGGUGGACCCAUCACCGCCUACAGGAUUGUGGUCAUCAAUGAGACUGAACCAGCACCGUUCUACGAAGAAAACCUCGAUACUUGGGAGAAGGCCCAGGAACUAGGCCUGAAAUAUUGGAUCGCCGCUGAGAUUUCUCCGGAUUGGUUCGACACGCACGAGGAAUUUGUAGUUGGAGAUCAGCGGUUCUAUGGGGAAUACGAAAAUCACGGCCCACUUCCGUCCAAAUAUGAUUUUCACGUUACGGUCGGUGCUGUAUCCUCAUUCAAUAAUGUGACUAAAAUCACUUACGCCGAUGUGUCCCAUGAUCAACACGCCGACCAUAACAUAGUGGUCUUUGAGUUUCAUGAACACAAUCUCAACCAUGACGACGAAUCUCAUGGACAUGAUCACGGAAAUCUUCGUAAACACUCACCAAGUCCCCCUGCCAUAAAAGACAAUUUAUCUAGCCGGAUUGUAAAGGACACAAACCAUAACCCAGAUCAUGAUGCUGAAGGCCUGGACAAUCUCACUGUGGGUCUCUUGAUCUGUAUCGGUGUGUGUAGCGUGAUCCUUUUAGGUAUAAUCUCAUUGUACGGAUACCUUCGCUGGACGGUGAACAGGAGCUCCGGAUCAAAUGGAGAUGCCCAAGAGUUGACCCUUCACACACCUUCCCCAUCCAACCACGAGCACGGAGGCUAUGAGUUGGGUAUUGAGAAUGAAGGAGCAAGUGGCCUAUCCGGAUUGGAUCUGCUUCGAGAGUCUGUCUGGCAGAUUCCUCGUAACUUUUUGGAAUUGACCCAUGAAGUGGUUGGUCGAGGUCGUUUUGGAUCAGUCAUCAAAGGGAUUGUCAAUAGUGGAGAAGGUCAAGAAGCAGCUAUCGUGCAAGUAGUCCCGGAAAAAAUCCUGGAAAAGUCUGAGACGAAGGCCAUGAUCAGAGAUAUUGAAAUGGUCGCCAAGUACGGAAAGCAUCCCAAUAUCAUGAGUCUUAUAGGGCUUUGCGAGGAACGCGACGCUAUUUACGUGGUCAUUGAAGAGGGAAUCAUGACUUUCAAGCAAGUUCUCUUGGACAACCGAGCAUUAGUGCACAAUCCAGUAUACGUUCAAAGAAACCGACGGAUAUCCACAUUGGAUGAAUCUACUCUCAUCCGCUAUCUGGUGGAAAUUGCGCAAGGUCUUGAGAGAUUGGAAAUGGAGAAAAUUGUGCACCGGAAGUUAUGUGCUCGAAACAUCAUGAUUUGUAAUGAUAUAGCCAAGGUUGGCGGCGUAGGGAUCACAGAUUAUUGUCAACCUGGCCAGGAUAUCGACAUGGCUCGUUGGCGAGCGCAAGAAAACUUCAAAUCCAGGGCAUUAUCAUCCAAAAGCGACGUUUGGUCUUUUGGCGUUAUCAUGUGGGAGGCCGUCACCUUAGGUGGAACACCUUAUCCAGAUGUCAAGACGAAGGACCUUCCCACUAGAAUAAGCCGAGGCAAGCGACCUCCACAAACGACCAAUCCUUCGGAAAGCCUUUACCAACUAAUGCUCGAGUGCUGGCAACAUGACUUGGAUGAGAGGCCUCAUUUCACGUCAAUUGUUCACUCACUUCAAGAUCUUGCCAUUAAUCCCCAGGACCAUAUUAACUUUGGCGUUCGUCCUGGAUUUGAAUAUGAACAUUUUUCCAAUGAUUUGGAGCUGCUAUGAGAUGAGCCUUUUCAAAAAUAAAUGUGAAAUUAUCUUACUGAUGUAA